AUGCAAAGCGCGUCUAUUUCUUCCUCCCUCCUCCAUCCGUCGGAGGUCCGCUACAGGGAUCAACUCGCUCGCUAUCCGCCCAGCAGGACGGCUGCGGUGCAGAGAUGCCCCGUUCCCGUCACUCGCGGUGGCUUCUUCCUCAGGCUGGCACCAGAUCCCGAUCGGGUGGUCGAUGAAGCGGAGUGUGUUGUUUUCGGGCCCGGGAUUUUUCGAUUUUGGACCCGGGUUGGGCCGCGCGGUGGCCCAGGCGGCUGCGGAGGAGGACGCCGGAGCGGCGGCGAGCCCCAAAUCAACGGGCCUUGCGGAUGCUUUGGUGUUGGGAACGCUCUUCGUCCUUUGGUUCACGUUUAA